AUGGCUGAAGAAGACGCCUUUGUGUCUUCGGCGGCAGCGCGGGACCGAGACAGCGAAACAGAAGAGUUCGAGGAUGAGGCGUUUUCGGAUUCCAAGUCGGCGUCGUUCUCGCUCGAGCCCAGUGUAACGAACUACCCCGAGGAGCAUGGCCGGCGCUACCACGCGUAUCGACGCGGACGCUAUCUGCUGCCCAACGACGACAAGGAGAUGCAGCGCCUGAACCUUGUCGACGCGCUGGUCAGGCAUAUCCUGGGCGGGCUGCAUCUCGCGCCCAUAGGCUCGAACCCGCAGCGAGUGCUGGACAUUGGCACCGGCUCUGGCGCUUGGGCGAUUAAUUUCGCCGACAAAUACCCGUCUGCAGAGGUAGUUCAUCUCAGCUCCUUGAUUCAAUCAGUGAGCUUCCGACGGCUAAGCUGCCCCCAGGUCAUAGGAAACGACCUGAGCCCGACGCAACCUGACGAUGUGCCCCCGAACGUCCGCUUCAUCGUCGACGAUGUUGAAGAAGAUUGGGAUUGCUUACGGCCCGGAGGCUGGCUGGAGGUCCAGGAUUUUGAUUCGCGGAUCCACUCUGCGGAUGGUAGCAUCAGAGGCACAUGCCUUGAACACUGGGACAACUCGACCAUGGAGGCAUUUGCGCGCCUGGGCUUUUGGACUCGCGUUGACCCCCAGUUUGGUACUCUGUUGCACGAUGUCGGAUUCACAAACAUCCAAAUGAAGCGAUUUUCGAUUCCAUUGGGAAACUGGCAUGAGAAUAAAAGAAGUCAACAGCUAGGAGAGCUCAAUGCAAAGCAGCUCACGGAAGUGCUGGAAGCCGCUUCGCUAGCUGUGUUGACCCGAAGUGGAUGGACUGAACAAGCGGUCUACGCAAUGUGCGCUGGAGCGCGGAACGACGCUCAAAACCAAAAGAUCCAUGCGGAAUUGGACUUGUAA